AUGGAAACGAUUUCAGGCAGUAUUAAUAGAAGUUUUUGCUUCUAUACCAUUAUUACAACUUUAUAUCUGCAUUAUUUAAUAAAAAAAAAAUUUUUUGAGAAAACAUGUGAAAAUAAAAAUUUUAUUGCAUUUUCAAAUAAAGGAGAAGUAUUUUCUUAUAUUUCCCAGACUUCCUGUAGGAACAGUUCUUGUGGACUUCUUGUACCUCCUAAAGCAGUUCUUGCAGGAUUUCUUGGAUUUUCUGAACAAUUUUUGUGGACUUCUUGGACGACUUCAUGGUUAAGUGGAGAGGAUUUUUCUUAACAUUUAUAUAAUAAUGUAUGCAAAAAAAAACAUGUCUAAUAAAAAGUAACCCAACAAUAGUACGUAUAUAAAAAUGUGCUUAUUUUUAUAUAAUAAUGUAUGCAAAAAACACGUCUAAUAAAAAGUAAUCCAACAAUAGAAUGUAUAUAAAAUGUUUUUAUUUUUAUUUUUAUUAAGACGUUAAUUUGUACAAAAUACAAAGAACUAAAUAAGAUACAUGAAGAACUUUGUAGGUAGGGAAUGGUUCAACCAUUGACGA